AUGGGUCGGUUUUCAUUAUUUGCACCUUUGCUUUUGGCCGCCAAUGGCGUGCUGGCUGCGCCGCCGCCGCCGCCGUGGAUGGGUGAGGUGAAGAAGGUCGAUGGUGUAAAUUACCAGUGCAAGUGUUAUAGCGACAAUGCUUGCUGGCCGACGAACAAGGAUUGGGAUAGGCUCAACAAGACGAGCAAUGGUGCGCUGCAGGUUGCGAUUCCUCCGGGUGCCGUGUGCCACAAGGAGUUUGGCAACAUGACGAGCGUGUACGAUGCGGCAAAGUGUGCGGAUACGCAGGCGAAUUGGUCCAGCGAGCAAUGGCUGACCGAUCACCCCAUCGCAGCCCUCUGGCCGUACGGCACGAACAGCACUUGUUUACCGACAUCCGACCCUUCUGAGCCAUGCACUCGCGGCUUCUACGGAAACUACGUGAUCGUGGCGAAGACUAAGGAUCAGAUCAAAGCUGGCGUCGACUUUGCACGGGAGAGAAACCUGCGUCUUAUUAUCCGAAACACUGGCCACGAUUUCAUGGGCCGUUCCACUGGAUUCGGAUCGUUGAUUAUCAACACCCACAGCUUUAAGGACGUUAAGUUCGUGAAGAAAUACAGCGGACCUGGCGAUUGGAGCGGCAGUGCUGCGGUUGUUGGAGCUGGUGUUCAGGGACGUGAGUUGUACCGCCAGGCUUUUGCACAAACGCCAAAGGUUGUCAUAGUUGGUGGCGAGUGUCCUACUGUUGGCUGGGCCGGUGGCUACGUUCAGGGAGGAGGCCAUGGUCCUCUGUCCGGCAUUUACGGCAUGGGCGCGGAUAACGUCCUCUCUUUUGACGCCAUCACCGCCGACGGCAAGUACGUGACUGCCAACGCAAAAGAUAACACGGAUCUUUUCUGGGCGCUGAGGGGCGGCGGUCCCAGCACGUUCGCUGUCGUCACCUCGAUCACUGUCAAGACGUUCCCUGAAGUCCCAACGGCUGGAACCAUCCUCAACAUCAACUCGACCCACACCAACGAUACAGCGCUCUUCACAAAGGCUUUCGGGAUUUUCCACAACCUCGCAAACCACUAUGCUGAUAAUGGCAUGUUCGUGUACUUCGAACUCGGCCCUGGUCCUGGACGCCUUCACGUUGCACCGUUCGUCGGACCCAACAUGGACGAGGCGAAACUCAAGACUGUCUUGCAACCACUGUAUGACCAGUUAGACGCUGCCCAGGUGCCAUAUGACACCCAUACCAAGUCGUUCCCCACAUUCUUCGAGUUCUACAUCGACAUGUUCGAGGAUGAACCGCCAAACCAGCAGUCCAUCGUUGGAGGACGUCUCUUCACCCAGCAAGACAUCACAGACCACGGAGACGGAAUCGCCGAUGCGCUCGUCAAGGCCACUCUGCCCGAGCCUACACAACUUGGGUUCAAUGUCGGUCACAUUGUCAACCCCGGCCACGCGUAUGCCAAGGUCGACAACGCCAUCCACCCCAAGUGGCGCAACGCCAGCUCUUUCGUCAUCACCAACAUGAUCAUGACCGGCACCGAGCCCUGGGCCGUCAAGAAGGAGCGCGAGAACUACAACACGAAUGUGCUUGGCAAGACGUUGAGGGACGUGUCGCCGAACGGUGCGAGCUACGUCAACGAGGGUGAUUUGUACGAGCCAAACUGGCAGGAGGCGUACUGGGGAUCAAAUUAUGCGCGUCUUUUGAAGCUUCGCCAGAAGUUUGAUCCCAAUGGCGUUUUCUAUACGCAGACUACACCGGGCACGGAGAGCUGGAGUGUAAUUGACUACGGUACCAAGCUGUGCAAGAAGUCGUAGAUUGGACUGUUCUCUUUAGCUUUCAAACAAUAGUAAUUCAUGUGUUCGUAUUC